AUGGGUUUGGCGAAGAGAUACUGCAUCGAGUAUGUCGACGGGGCGAUUGAGUGUUUCCGCGAUGGCGGGUUUUGGUACAGCGAGAAGGGAAUGAUCAUCAAAUGGACGAUCCUCGGGUCCUUGUUCGGCCUCUUCAUGCUGUGGCUCGUCGGCGGCUACGUACAUGCCAAGCGCCGUCUCAAGGCGGGCAAGCCGCUGCUCGCAUACCACCGGUUCCUCGUCAGCUGGCAGGAGCGCAAGCGGUACGGGCAGGAGGGAACGCCGCAGAACCACUUCACCUUUUACAACGCGCAGAACCCGUACACGGCACAGCCGCCGUACCAGCAACGACAGGACGGGUCCUGGGCGGAGCCGCCGCCGCUGUACAACGGCGACGCGCCGCCCGUGUACGGGGCGCCGCCCGGGGCGAGCAAGGUGAGCGCGGACCAGAGCGGCGCGGGCAUGGAGAUGCCGGCGUACGGGGCGGCGCCGGGGCUGCAGGGGGCACAGCAGAGCGGGGUGGUGGGCAGUGGAGAUGUCGAGCAGGGCGGGGGUCAAGGGCAGGCGUUGCCGCCGCGGCCGCCGGCAAAGGCCAAGGCGGUGCUGAAGGGGUUCACAGACCGGUUCAGGAAGUGA